UCCUUGCCUUCCCUCGGUUUCUUCCUCCCGCCAGCAAGUUAUCUCCCUUUCACCCCUGUGCCUUUUCUCUUCUCCUAGGGAUUCAUUUUUGUGCAUUUUCUCUACGGUCAUUUUUGUGCCUUUUCUCGCCAAGAAAGCUGAAUCUUGGAGGCUUGCUUGUCAAACUAUUGUUGGAAAUAAGGAAAAUUCUGGCAAGAGGCUUGUACAUCCACCACAUGGGAAGACGUCCGGCCAGUGCUAACUUAACUCUAGACGGAGACGAUAUUUUGGAUGACAAUGUGGAGGUUAUCCUUGAGAGAUCUCCAGGCAAGAAGGUUAAGAAAGAAAAGGAAAGAAAGAGGAAGUCUAGAAAUGAUGUAGAUGCUGAAUUUAAACAUGCCUUAGCUCGCAUGAAUGCUGACAGAAAUACAUUCAUGGUAGAGAGAAGAGAAUUUUACAGCAAGCAAGAGCGGGAUAGAAAUGAACAGCUUGCACUUGAGAAGAAGAAGUUCGAAGCUAAAAUAAUGAAAUUAAAUCUUGAUGGGAUGAAACCAAAGCAGCAACUUUAUUUCCAACGUCUUCAGGAUGAAAUUUUCGAUGCUUUAAUGAGUAAGUCUGCAAUCACAUCACCAUCCGAAGACCCAUCCACACCUCUUAGAGGUGUGUAAGUAUUUGUCUAGUUCAUUUCGACUAAUAUAUGUUUAACGACUUCGUCUAAUUUUAGUGGUUGUCUAGCCACAUGUGAUGGAAAUACAUGUGGCUGUGCAGCAACUUUGUGAUGGGGGCAUUGUCUUUAUUUUUUGUGAUGGUCAGUAACAUUAGUGAUGGGCUGACUUUUGGAGGUGUGUAUAUUUUUGUGAUGGGCUGAAAUAUGUUGAACACUAGUGAUGACUUGUGUUUUUCUCAAUGGAGUUUUUUUGAGGUGAAAAUUUAA